UUGAAACAGGGUAGGGGAGAGGUGUGCAUGAGAGUCUAUCAUAACAGAGGAUAUGUUUCAAAUGGUGCAAAUAGAAAAACGAAUGUUUCAUGAGGACCUGCAGUGUUUUAAAGUAUAAGCACAUAGGCCUAACGCUUGGUUGGGCACAUUCUGCAGCUCAGUUUAGCUUUAUUCAGAUCGAAUGUGGUGAAGGAGAUAUUUAUCUCCAGUGCGCGACGCCCUCACCCGCUCUCGGUUCCUAUGAGUAGAAUUUACACGCUGAGCGCAUAGAGCAGGAGGAUGUUUACUGACUCACUCACACACACAGACACUCACUCGUCGCUCCUAGCAGUCGCAGUUUGCACAACAGCCGAGUAGGCGGACAACUCGCCUGGGAUGAGUUGGCAGGAAGAGCGGGUUGAUUUUACACUACUGGAACUUGACUUCGCGCAGCCCUGGCGAGCACCGUAGCUGCUGGAAGACUAGUCUGUGACUACCCUGCCGCGUUUGCAAGCUCCGUGGACGGGGAAAGUGACAGCAGCAUGGUGGCCAAGGAUUACCCCUAUUACCUCGUCGUGAAGAGGGUGAACUGCUCACUGGAAGUGCAGACAGACAGCAGCAACAUCCAUCCGGCUAAAGAAGAGGAGCCCUGUAACAAGCGGGUGAAGCCUCUUUCUCGGGUUACAUCGCUGGCCAACCUCAUACCUCCAGUCAAGGCUGCACCUCUGAAGCGCAUCGGACAAACACUGCAGCGUUCCAUCAGCUUCCGCAGUGAGAGACGGACAGAGUCGGUCAUGCCUCCCAGACCAUGGACGCGGCCGGCCCCGCCUGCCAAUACCAAGCGGCGUAACAGCAAGCUGUGGAGCGAGACCUUUGAUGUGCGGCUUGGACACCAGAUGCUGUCGUCCAAGGAGAUCAAUCGCCAGGAGGCGAUCUUUGAGCUUUCUCAGGGGGAGCAGGAUCUCGUUGAGGAUCUGAAGCUGGCCAAGAAGGCGUACCAUGACCCAAUGCUGAAACUGUCCAUCAUGACAGAACACGAGCUCAACCAGAUCUUCGGAACCCUGGAAUCUCUCAUUCCGCUGCAUGAAGAUCUGCUGAGUCGACUGCGAGAGGCCAGGAAACCAGACGGCUCCACAGAACGUGUGGGACACAUCCUAGUGGACUGGCUUCCCUAUCUAGACUCCUACAACUCAUACUGCAGUAAUCAGGUGGCAGCCAAGGCUCUGCUGGACCAUAAGAAGCAGGACCACCGGGUGCAUGACUUCCUGCAGCGCUGCCUUGAGUCGCCCUUCAGUAGGAAGCUGGACCUGUGGAACUUCCUGGAUAUACCCAGGAGCCGGCUGGUCAAAUACCCCCUGCUGCUCAGGGAGAUCCUCAAGCACACGCCUAACGACCAUCCGGACCGACAGCACCUGGAUGAGGCAAUCAACAUGAUCCAGAGCAUCGUGGCAGAGAUCAACACCCAGACAGGCGAGUCAGAGUGUCGUUUCUACAAGGAGCGUCUCCUCUACCUUGAGGACAGCCAGAGAGACCUGCUCAUUGACCACUCCCGCAUCCUCAGCUGUCACGGGGAACUGAAGAACAACAGGGGUGCUAAGCUGCAUGUGUUCCUGUUCCAGGACGUGCUGGUCAUCACUAGAGCCAUCACCCACAAUGAGCAGCUGCACUAUCAGCUGUACCGCCAGCCCAUCCCCGUCAGAAAGCUGCAGUGGGAGGACCUGCAGGACGGGGUGAUACGCCUGGGAGGCUCCAUCAGAGGAGCCUUCAGCAACAACGAGAGGACCAAGAACUUCUUCAGAGUGUCGUUUCAUUGCAGUGGCCAGCUCCACUCCCACUCCUUCCAAGCCAGCGAUGCCUUCAACAAACAGCAGUGGCUCAACUGCAUUCGCCAGGCCAAAGGAGCUGCUGAGUCGGCCAUGGGGGUGGUGGGGAUUCCUGUCGGGGUGGGGACCAGUAGCAGUGACCCAGAGCCCCCUCCAAGCCCACUCAGCCCCCAGGGCCUUCUAAGCCCUGCAACACCUCCCCUCUCAGGACCACUGGCCCCCCAGCCAAAAAGCAUGGACCAUUGCGACAGUGACUCGUCUGUAGACUCUCUGGGCUGUAGCAUGGACAUGGACACAGGCGUUGCCCAGAUGGACCAAACACACUCUAGUAGCAGCAGGCCAUCAGAAGUUUGACCUUUUGGGUGUCAUGGCCUCUCUGGUUUAGAGAGGCUAGAGGCUAAACCUGGGCAAUAUUGGUGGCAACAUGGCAAUGCUCUCUAUAUACGGGAGGGAAGAAAAACACUGGAAAUUGCAGCACUUCUUUAUUCUACCCUCUUUUUCAUUUGUUAGUGUUCUUUGUCGCUAAACUUGAAAAAAACUAAUUCGCUCUCGCGAUCACUCCCUCUAUCUCUUGAGCGUCUUUCUAUGAGACUGUGGUGUAGUCUGUAGCAGUGACAACCAUGUGUCUUAGCUGUGACUGUCAGGUCUACUAUGGAUGUCUACAUGGAGAGGAGGGAAGGCAGACAUGACUGGGACCUCAGGACAGUAUUUUUGUUGUUUCUCCUGGUCCGACUCUGCUGUAUGCUGAGUAUCCCUACAAGCCCUUCUCAUCACCUUUUCACGACAGACUAGAGACACUGCCAUCACCCCUUAUCCCACUGCAGUACUACUGUGGCCUCCCAGAGAUAAAAGAAUACAUUGAUGAUAUUCUCUUUAUAUGUAUGUGUAUACUGAACUAAAAUAUAAACGCAACAUUUUUCAACUUUC